AUGUAUAGUUAUUUCAACUAUCAAGCCGAUCAAGUCAACCAGUCUAAUCAAGCCGAUCAAGUUGAUCAAUUCGAUCAAAUCAAUCAAACCGAUCAAGUUGAUCAAUUUGAUCAAAUCAAUCAAGCCGAUCGAGUUGAUCAAUUCGAUCAAAUCAAUCAAACCGAUCAAGUUGAUCAAUUCGAUCAAAUUAUUCAAACUGAUCAAAGUUUAUCAGGAAUUGAUGUAUACAGUGGUAUUUUAGAGCCACAAGAACCUAUGGAUAUUCCAAACAUAAUAAAAUCUGGAAAAUCUAAAUAUAAUUAUAGAACUCCUAAAAACAGAAGAUGUAAUUUACAUGGUGAAUGGCUGUAUAAAAAAUCUAGAAAAUCAACUAUUACAUCAAAAGAUAAUCAAGAGGACAUUAUGAGAAUAAAUCCUUCUAAUUAUGUCAAAAAGAAUGAAAUAACUCAGUCCUAUUCAUUAAAUUCUCAUCAAAAUGUUAUUAACCCGUUUAGUUUAUCAACAAAUUCACCUCCGAAAGACAUGGAACAAUCAAAUAGAAAAGAUUCUCCUCACAGUCUUCCAUCUGUAAUGACAAAAACUUAUGAAGUUCAUCCGAAUGGUCAAUUCGAAUUCAGAAAAAAUAGUGAUAGAUACAUACAUCCUUUUAAGGACAUGGUUGAAAUAUCUAUUAAUAAUGAACAGUUUAAUAUAACCAGACCCGAAGUAACAAGGAAAAUCUGUGAUGCAUUGAUUCUAAUUUUAAAAAAGAAUUUGUCAAAAGAUGAAUUUAGAAUUAUUGAGUUGAAUACUUCUAUAACCUCGUCACUUGGAUAA